AUGGAACGCUUUCUCAAGCAAAGCAUAGCCAGGAGUAAUCCUCUCGGUAUCAGACGACUCGAAUACCUGACCGAUGAAGCCCAUACUACUCCAGGGCUCCCGCUGGACGCGACCCUACAGAUAAGUUUAACACAACAACCAAAUGAAACUUACACCAACACCGAAUCACCGCGCUUGCAAGCGGUUGACCAAGCGAGCUUUAAAGACACGGGAACGAAACCCGGAGGGCAGCAGCGCCUCACCCCUGUCCCAACGGGACCGAGAAAGACGCUAAUAUCCCUUCGUCCCUUCCUGACGCGAAGGCUCACAUACGGCCUUCCUGUCCAAGGGCCGCCGUGCGCUCCCAGAAAACAGCCACGCCACAGGCCACAACCACUACAACUACCUCUGGGAUUCAAAUCUUCAAAAACCGGAGGUCAAAGUGGCAAAGACCUCCCGCAACCCCGGGCCGAGCUCGACAACGUCAGGGGUGCCCGUGAACCUGGCAACAACCCCUGGUUACGAAACUGGACUCCCCUUGGGGUGACCUUUGUCUUCACGGAAGCCUAA